GCUAUAAAAAUGAUUGCCGUUCAACUAGCUCUAGCCGCCUGCUGUUUGGUAGGAAUCAGCUACGCCCAAGACGAUAUCCCCCAAACGGGUACCACGGCCAUUCCGGUCAGCGAUCUGGAGUCUCAGGCGACCGAUGCUUUGGCUACACUCAACGAUAUACUGCGAACGAAAAAAGAAGAACAAAUUGAAAAGAGAAUACUUUGGACACGAGACGAUGCGGCCAGCGCUGACCUCCAGGACUUAGAAGACAAGUUGGACCAGGUGGACGCCGCUAUCGACGUCUUGUCCAAAGGCCUGGAGAUUGCCAGAGAAUCGUAUGAAAAAGCCCACGGUGCGCAGUAAAAAGCACCAGCAAUUUUUUGUUCUCGUUGGACGAAGAAUCAAAAUACGCAGCAAGAUUUGUUUGUUAUUGAGUUAACUUUCAUAACCAAACCAUCUACUAAUUCUGUCAAAUAGUUGCAAUGUUAAAAUAAACACGCUGACUAUUUAUAAAGCGAA